AUGGCAGCACAGCAAGAUAAGAUCAUCAUCUCCCCGAUUGAAAAUGCCCAAGAUCUCAGACAAGCAAAUCACUGCAUCUCCGAAGCCUUCGGUCGUCAGACCCAAGAUGCUAUCUGGAAAUGCAUAAAUCCAGGUUGGGAAACCGCCGAGGGAUUAGAGAUCAACUCCCAAAAAUUGAUCAAGCGUUGGCAGAGUAUCACCACAAACAAUGAGGGCAAGCCUAACACCAUCUUUCUGAAGGCCACGUUACCUGAUCCAGAAAAGACAGGAGAGAGAAAGGUCGCUGGUUUGGCUAUAUGGCAACAAUUGUCAAUUCUUGAGGGAUACGGCGAUCCAUUCACAGGUGACAUCAGCGAAGAAAUCGCAGGCUUCAACGAGAAAGAAAAGCGCUUCGCAACACAAAUGUUCCGAUCAUUAUACAAACGCCGCAUCGAAUAUCUAAAACAGAUUUCGUCGCCGAAUUCGGAGCGCAAACCUCCCGCCAUUUUCGUUCUCGAUCUCUGUGCGGUUGAUCCAGCAUUUCAGCGUCGUGGUGUUGCGAGCAUGUUGGUGGAGGUCGGGCUUGAGGAAGCCAAGAAAAGAGGCAAUCUAGAAUGCACGACAGAGGGUAGCGCUAUGGGAAGAGCGGUAUAUCGAAGACUGGGCUUCAAGGACGAAGGUACUGGCGACAUUGUAUGGGAAGUGGAUGAGGAGUUUCAGGCGAGAGACAAGCCACCGAACGUUUUCUUGAGGACUGAUCGCUGGAAACCGCCACAAGUACGUAAGACGAUAGCCAGUAUCGAACAAACUUUGGCUAUCAACGCGUCUGCGCGGUCGUCUCCGCCACCGCUCGAGAUACACGUCUCCACAAGUCUUUGCUUGUUGGGGAAGACCGCUUACGCACCCGCCACAAUGCCUAUCGUUGACAUCCACACCCAUGUCUACCCCCCAAAAUACAUGGAGCUGCUACGCUCGCGCACGACAGUCCCCUACGUACGAACAUUUGAAGAUGCGCCCGAUUCCGCACGACUGAUCAUUCUCCCUGGCGAAGAUGACCCAGCUACACCCUCAACCUCGCGCGGCCGUCCAAUCGGCUCGGAAUACUACGACAUCAAAGAAAAGAUAGCCUUCAUGGACCUACACAACAUCGACAAAUCUGUCAUCUCAUUGGCAAACCCGUGGCUCGACUUCCUGCGCGCUGAAGAAGCAGGCCAAGCGGCGAAGGAAAUCAACGACGACGUUAAUGACCAGUGCUCUCAGUAUCCGGGGCGACUCUAUUUCUUCGGCACGCUGCCCUUAUCUGCGUCAACAGAAACUAUUGUCGCAGAGAUCGAGCGCCUAAGCACACUCAAGUACGCGCGGGGCGUUAUCCUAGGCACCUCCGGGCUGGGCGAUGGACUCGAUGAUACGGCCUUGGAUCCUGUUUACACAGCACUACAAAAACACCAACAACUCAUCUUCCUGCACCCGCACUAUGGCCUUCCUGCCUCCGUCUACGGGCCCCGAGCGAGUGAAUACGGACACGUACUUCCCCUCGCGCUCGGUUUCCCCCUCGAAACGACAAUUGCGGUUACUAGGAUGCUAUUGAGUGGUGUGUGGGACCGGUUCACAGGAUUGAAUGUCUUGCUUGCGCAUUCCGGCGGUACGCUGCCAUUCCUGGCUGGAAGAAUAGAGUCUUGUAUCUUGCAUGACGGUCAUCUCAAAACGCAUGGGGGGACGGACAAGAGGAGGGACGUAUGGGAAAUUUUGAAAACAAACAUCUACCUUGAUGCGGUCAUCUACUCAUCCGUAGGCCUGAAUGCUGCGGUUGAGGCUUCAGGGUCUGAUCGACUGCUGUUUGGUACCGAUCAUCCCUUCUUCCCACCUCUGGAGACAGAUGCAAAAGAGUGGCACAGCGUGAAUACCAACUACGGCGCCAUCUCCAAAGCGUUUACGGGUGACGACAAAAAAGCGCAGGAUGUGCUUGGUGGCAACGCAAUACGGAUACUGAAGUUGGACUCGUAGAUUCUGCAGAACCAUAGUUUAAUUAACACUAUCCCUUCGUCCAAGCGCCCGGGCUUUAACCUACGCAUAUCGUUGUGGUGGAUGUAUAUGGAGCGAGACAUGCUGGCACGUCUUAGUUUGAGUCUCCUUAUUAUACUAUCAACACAUGCGAAACAUUUUAAGCAGGUGCAGAACAUUCCAUUAGCUGGAAACCACAACAGAUGACCAAUCUUGGAAUUAUCCUGGCGCUGCAGGGAAGCUUGGCCACCUACAAAGGUACUGUCGGCGAGGCAAUCAAGUAUCCGCCGACUCGGAUCCCAGACCCUCAGAUCUGAUGAUGACGUCGAAG